AUGAUGAACUGGUUCCUCCUCUAAGGUGACUGAAGAUGGACUCUCCAGAGAACCAGGGCCAGAACCCGGACCCGGUCCCGGUGGUCCCGGUGGUCCCGGUGGAUGUGGAGCCGGUCCCGGUGGACGGUGACUCUGCUCUGGUGCUGCUGGGAGCCGGAGUCACGGCCGUUACUCACCCUUUGAUCUACGUCAAACUGCUCAUACAGGUGGGACAUGAACCUCUUCCUCCAACUUUGGGCUCAACCAUGUUUGGACGGAGAGUCUUAUACCUGCCGGGUUUAUUCUCCUACGCUCAUCACAUAGUGAAGGUGGAUGGGAAGAGAGGGCUGUUCAGAGGCCUCUCGCCUCGUAUCGUAUCCAGCACCAUCUCCACCGUCAUCAGGAGCAAAGUUAGACAGCAGGUGGAGUUUCUCACCAAGAAAGAUGAGCUGCAGACUUCUCUCAGGAGAGUCAUCAGAGAGACGUCCCAGGAGAUGAUCAUCCAGUGUCUGUCCAGAGUCGCCACGCAUCCUUUUCAAGUGAUGUCGGUGCGCUGUAUGGCCCAGUUUGUUGGCAGAGAAAUCAAGUAUUGUGGGAUGUACAGCUGCAUUGUAAAGAUUUUUCAGGAGGAAGGAGUUGCUGGAUUCUAUGUUGGUUUCAUCCCUCAUGUGUUGGGAGAGAUGCUCUUCCUGUGGUGUUGCAACCUCCUGGCUCACUUCAUUAACACCUACGCUGUAGACGAAAGUUUCAGUCAGGCCUCAGCAGUCAGGAGCUACACCAAGUUUGUCAUGGGUAUUGCAGUGAGUGUUUUAACGUACCCGUUCAUGCUGGUGGCUGCUCUGAUGGCUGUCAACAACUGUGGCUUGGCUGCAGGUCUUCCUCAUCGAUCUCCCAUCUUCAAGUCCUGGCUGCACUGCUGGAGUCACCUGAGCCACAAAGGUCAGCUCUUCAGAGGAUCCAGUUUCUUUUUCCGCCGGGUGUCUGUGACCUCGCUGCCCUGUCACUGAAGACUGACAUCAUCAUGGUCAUCAUACGCUGGGAUGCUCCUCCUCCUCCUGUCUGAAAUGUUUCAUGGUCAUCAUGCGCUGGGAUGCUCCUCCUCCUCCCAUCUGAAAUGUUUCAUGGUCAUCAUACGCUGGGAUGCUCCUCCUCCUCCUGUCUGAAACGUUUCAUUGUCAUCAUACACUGGGAUGCUCCUCCUCCUCCUGUCUGAAAUGUUUCAUGGUCAUCGUACGCUGGGAUGCUCCUCCUCCUGUCUGAAACAUUUUGUCAUCGUACGCUGGGAUGCUCCUCCUGUCUGAAACGUUUCAUUGUCUUCGUAUGUUGGGAUGCUCCUCCUCCUCCUGUCUGAAACGUUUUGGUCAUCGUAUGCUGGGAUGCUCCUCCUCCUGUCAUAAACGUUUCAUAGUCAUCGUAUGUUGGGAUGCUCCUCCUCCUCCUGUCUGAAAUGUUUCAUUGUCAUCGUAUGCCGGGAUGCUCCUCCUCCUGUCUGAAACGUUUCAUGGUCAUCGUAUGCUGGGAUGCUCCUCCUCCUGUCUGAAAUGUUUUGGUCAUCGUAUGCUGGUAUGCUCCUUCUCCUCCUGUCUGAAACGUUUCACUGUCAUCGUAUGCUGGGAUGCUCCUCCUCCUCCUGUCUGAAAUGUGUCAUUGUCAUUGUACGCUGUGAUGCUCCUCCUCCUGUCUGAAACACUUUCACCUCCUGCUGGUCAGCUGUCAUGUGGAUGUAGCAGGUUGAUGGAGGGACGACGGAUUCAUUCAGCUGUUUGAAUCCAUUCUCAAACUCUGGCUGUAUCUCAAAGUGAAGGAAGGAUCCUCAAACAGCUGAAUCCGAAGGAUUCUACGUCAUGGACAGCUGAAGGACUGUCCCAAAGUCCAGGAUCCUCCAGAGGACAGAGUCCUUCUUUUGCCCAAAUUUCAAGAAUGCAUGUGUUUAUCCUCUGUGCGCUCCGACUACCCAUAAUGCCUUGCGGUCACCGGUCUACAGGGAGACUUAAAAAUGGCGAGCGAAGAGACAGCAUCGCCGGUGGAGCAAUAUGAAUUUAAAUAUAUAAAGUCAAGAAAAAACAUAUCAAUAAACAAAUGCCAGAUUAUUUAGCUAAAAGAUAAUAAACAUCAUCUUGAUACAUUACCAGUUAAGUUAAUUGAUGCUGUCUCAGUCGCUAAAGCUAUUAAUUGUUAAUUCAUAUAUAUGCAUCAGAUGAUGAUGAACUAUGUGCAAAGUAUACGUAGCUAUGCCAUUCAGAAAGUUAUACAUGUUUAUUGUGUUAACAGACCGACAGUCUGCUAUUAUCUGUUAUUGUUAUUAAUAAAUAACUGUUAUUG